AUGAGCGCAGCCGUUCAGACGUUGGCCACGGUCAUGGCGACGGACAUGAAUUAUUACGCGGGUGACCCGACCGUGUUGGCCGCGGAUAUGGCGAGAAGCCGUGUAGAGAAGAUACUGCAGUCCUCGCGCUCCGACCAGCUCACGGCCCGCGUUGCCAUCCACGCGCAGCUGCGCGAGGCCUUCAAGAACGUCGAUGUGCAGCAGCGGCUCGAGCCCUUCCUCAACGAUGGAGAGGGCGUGCAGAUGUACGUGCAGGAUGCCAAGGCGCGCGCCCGCUUCUUCUCCCAGAAACAGCAAGAGCUGCAGCACGAGAUCCUGCAGAGCGAGGAGCAGCGGCAGCUGAAGGAGGCGCACGGUGAGCUGGCGGCCUGGGAGCGCGAAAACGCCGUGCUGCUGCGCCACCAGAUGUUCAUGACGUACAUGCCCUCCCAGGCGCUGCUGCUGGAGAGCGCGGCAACCGUCGCCCUCUACCGCCAGUACGCCACCCUCGAAGAGGGCCAGUACACGAGCGACAGUAGUGAUGGCGAAGUGCCGAUGAUGCUCAAGAAAAUGGGCGGCAAGACGUACUUCACACAGUCCGAGCAGCCGUUCGAGGUGGACACGCACAACAAGAUGUUCAGUCAGCAGGUGCUGCAGAACAAGCGUGUCGAGUACGAGCAGAUGCGCGAGAAGGCGGCGCAGCUGCGCCAGGCACUGGAGGAGUGCCUGCCGGUGAAGCGGCUGGAGGCGUUUGUGGAGCUGCGCAACGACAUCUUUGUCGAGUACGGCAUCGACCGCCUCGCCUCCCUGUGCAGCCGCAAGGACAAGGAGAUGGGCAAUCCAAACGAAGGCGGCGUGGACGCCAGCCUGCACGGCCUGCCUGCCGACCACGAGUACGUCUCAUCCAGCCGCGUGGCACAGUACUCGCUGCCCAAGAUUGUGGACGCGGCCUACACGAAUUACCUGAACAUCCUCUCGAUGGAUGACUGGGAUUCGAUGAUGAAGCACACGGGCAACAGCGCGCGGGCGGUGAUGGAGAAGAUCAAGCCCAUGAAGGACAAGGAAACGUUCCGCUACUGGUUCCUGUCCUGCAUCACGGCGGAUGUGCCGCAGAUGGGGCCGAACAAGAUUGUCGGCCAGAAGGUGACGACGCUGGAGGACUACAAGAAGUUCUGGGCGCCGCAGAAGUCGAACUACGUCCCCUCCCUCACGUCCAACCGCAGCACAUUUGGCAGCAAGGUCGCCGACCGCCGCGGUCUGCCGCACUUUCUCAUCCUGUCCCCCGUCACGUACCGCUACCGCGAGAACAACGACCCGAACGCCGUCAAGACCGGGAAGAUUGACCUCAUGGUGUACGACGCAACAAACGAAAAAGUGCUGCUGAUGCUGACGAACUCGUCAGACGAGCGCCGCCCGCGUGCCGCCUUCCUGAACGCACAGGAGGAGCGCUACCGCUUCGCCGCCGUGGUGCGCUCGGCCAUCACCUACGAGAACCAGUACCACGGCUUCGAGUGCGAAGGCACGGUUGCCGAGUACUUCUUCGAUGCCCAGGAAGGGCCGGAGGAGAACUACUACUGCAUCAUGGCCCCACACCGCGUGUACAGUAAGCAGCCGAACAAGGUCCAGGUGCCGAUGAAGGCCCUCCGCCCCUUCACGUCCUGCCCGCCACGCUACUUUGUUCUCGGCUCAAACUGGGGGGUGAGCGCCGGCACGAGCCGCAACCCGUACCCGGCCAGCUACGCGCACGUGGAGCUGAACGAGAACGCUGUCAGUCUCAGCAACGUCAUCCCUGAGGGCUUUAUCUCUAGCAAGGUGCUGCCGCAACUGCUGAGCCGCGCCGAAGGCAUACAGAAGCUCGAGGAGGAAAAGAAACGCCAGCAGCGGGCAGAGUCAGAGAGGCCGCCAUCGUCGCCACGCGCCCUCACCCGCACCUCUCGCGGCGGUGCCGCAACGCCGCGCCAGUCUAUCACCUCCCCUGCCUCCGACAACACCGCUGGCAUCCUCGCUGAGGAGAACACGCGUGGCCCAGGUGAGGAAGAGGACCCGCUGAGCCCUAUAGUCCCGAACGAGGUGCUGCACCCGGUGCGCGACCACCUGCUGAAGCAGCGCCGCUCGUGGCAGAGCCCCACCUACGUCGCGUUCCGCGCACGCGACUCCGACCUCAGGCGACUGCCGGCCGUCAAGGAUGGUCACCUGCGCACCCCGCUGAACGUCUUCAACGACCUCAUGAGGGAGAAACACGGCGAGGACGCACCGCCGGCGUCGGCGCCGAGCAGUGCACGUCACAGCAACGGGCCGCCGUCGAGCUACACCGCAAGCGUUGCCUGUACUUGA